AGGGCUGCCAAGGCUGGGCUUUCGUGGAGGGCGGGGGGCGUAGAUAAGGCGAGCAGAGCGGCCGAGUGGCUGAGGCCUUUGGUGACUCCGCCAGUGCUGCUGCAGGUAGCAUCUUAAGCAUCCAUUAUCAAAAUGAGGUGCUCUGUAGUAACUCUGGGCCUGUUGGUGGUCCUCACAAGUGCCCGUAACAUUCCCCACUUCCCUCCCCUCUCUCAUGACUUAGUGAACUACAUCAAUAAGCUCAAUACUACAUGGAAGGCUGGACACAACUUUCGUGAUGCUGACAUGAGUUACGUGAAGACAUUGUGUGGCACCUUCUUGCAUGGCCCCAAACUGCCAGAAAGGUUUGAAUUUGCUGCUGAUUUGGUCUUGCCAGACAGCUUUGACUCGAGGCAACAAUGGCCAAACUGCCCAACCAUUGGUGAAAUCAGAGACCAAGGCUCUUGUGGUUCCUGCUGGGCAUUUGGUGCAGUCGAAGCCAUGUCGGAUCGGAUUUGUGUCCAUACUAACGGCAAGGUGAAUGUGGAGGUUUCUGCUGAAGAUCUGCUUUCUUGCUGCCAAUUUGAAUGUGGGAUGGGUUGCAAUGGAGGUUACCCCUCAGGAGCAUGGAGAUACUGGACUGAAAAGGGCCUGGUGUCUGGUGGCCUUUACGACUCACAUGUUGGCUGUAGGCCGUACUCUAUCCCACCCUGUGAACAUCACACCAAUGGGACUCGGCCCCCAUGCACUGGAGAAGGUGGUGAUACCCCUGAAUGUGUCAGAAGUUGUGAAGCUGGUUACUUUCCAUCAUACCAGGAAGACAAACAUUAUGGAAUGUCUUCAUACAGUGUCCCUGGUAAUGAGAAAGAAAUAAUGUCUGAGAUUUACAAAAAUGGACCAGUGGAGGCAGCGUUUACUGUUUAUUCUGACUUCCUCAUGUACAAAUCAGGUGUCUACCAGCAUGUCUCUGGUGAAGCAGUUGGUGGCCAUGCAAUCCGAAUUCUCGGCUGGGGUGUUGACAAAGGCACACCUUACUGGUUGGUGGCUAAUUCCUGGAACACAGACUGGGGUGAAAAUGGCUUCUUCCGAAUUCUUCGUGGGCAAGAUCACUGUGGAAUUGAGUCUGAGGUUGUAGCUGGAACCCCUCGCACAAGCCAAUACUGGAAGCUACUGGGAUAAUCCUGCCAGUUGAGUGGCACAUAAUCAUGCUUGUGAAGAUAGAAGACGUGGUUGCAAUCCUAUGCUCUAAGACAUUUUAGACUUCAGCUUUUUUUAAGCCUUUACAAUAUUUCUUUUUUAAAAAAAUGUACAGUACAGAUGUCUCUACCCGGCUGUCUCUGUGUCUGAAGCAUGAGGCUUUCUAAUUUUUGCUCAACAUGACUGGCAAGGCAGAAUGGCAAGCAGGUUAUUGAGAUGGAACUGGUUAUAUUAAAUGAAGUACCUCUAAAGGAAUCAAAACGUGUUUCACCAGCAGAAGGGCAUGAUUGGAAACAACCCUCCUUUCCCCCUGGAUAAGAUGAUGAGGCUGAGGUUUUAACGUAACCUUCCACAUACUGAUGGCACCAUUCGUCAGAUAGACUGCAGGAUCAUGGAGUCCCAGGGGUGGUUAGACUGCUUUGGGUGAAAUCCUUAGUAAACAAUAGUAUUGUGCAAAGUAGUAAAGAGGAUUCUCCCUCCCCUCUCUCUCAUGCACACAGACUCACUUUCAGGGAAAUAAAAAAUAGAAAGGCUGAAAUAGUAGCUUAUUUACUGCAUGGGUGCUGAGUUCUGUGCCUAAAUUUCAAAGAAACUUUUAAGAGGCUGUCAUCAUGGUGGCAGCAGCCCUGACUCUUCUUUAUAAAUUCCUGAUUUCAAUAUGUGCCUAAAUAGUGAGAAGACAAAAAAAUAGAGGGAGGGUCUUUCUGAAACUGACCAAAUCGUCAAAUAGACCAAACUCCUGAGUCUGUUGUAACUAUGCAUUGAACUUCAGUUCCUUGAUGAACUUGGCUAUAUGGGAUUAUAGGAGUUUCUCUUGUGAGUGUACCAAAUAAUUGCAGAAGCAGAAACAAAAGAUUCUUGGCCUUAAAAACAAAACAGCACCUGCCCCCAAAGUUUUAUUGGUGACUGUGUCAUUUAAGCUUGAUUCCUGAAACUAUUUGGGCAAUUGCACUAGCUGGUCUUGCACAUAUGCAUGAAUUAUUUCAUUUUUUUUACAAUUGUAAAUGUCGAUGAGGAAACAGGCAUGUAAAGGGGACUGUGAAAAUGGCUCAAUACUAAAUCAACUUCAAAUUAAAGGAACUUGUUAGCCAUCAUUAGUUUUACUGAGUUCAUGGGUCUAGCUUAGAUAUGAUUGAACUGGAUUUGCUAUUAUGAGAAGCCAUAAAAUGCUUUGUUUUGCCUAGGUGAGCGACAGUCUGUUUCAGCAAAUUAUUUAAAAACCAUGGCUUAUUGUUUGAACCUAACCUAAAAUUGAAUCUGAUCCAUAGGCUCUAAUUGACUGGCUUCUGGCUUCAAAUACAUGGUUUUUGUUAAAUGCAGAAUAUCUUGUACACUUAGGACCAAUCUUGUGACCAAAAAUUCAUUAGUGUGGUUCCAAUUCCUAUCUCCAGUAAAAUGUCUCUCCUCA